CCUGCCGUACGUCACUUCCGCUUCCUCCCCUGCAGGGCGGGUAAUUCGAACGUUUCUUGAGGCAGGCGGCCCUCCCGGUUGGUUCGCCCCCCGGCCCGCGGCGCAGGAGGAGGUCGAGACCGAGACUAGUUAUGUCUGGGAGGCGAACGCGGUCCGGAGGGGCCGCCCAGCGCUCCGGGCCCAGGACCCCAUCUCCUUCUAAGUCUUUGCGGAGAUCCCAGCGGAAAUCAGGCUCUGAUCUCCCGAGCGUCCUCCCUGAGAUCUGGCCGAAGGCACCCCAGGCGGCUCCAGUCAGAAAGCCCAUCGUCUUGAAGAAGAUUGUGGCCCAUGCUGUAGAGGUCCCAGCUGCCCACUCGCCUCGCAGAAGCCCUAGGAUUUCUUUUUUCUUGGAGAAAGAAAACAACCCUCCUAACAGGGAGCCUACUAAGGAGGACCUUUUCAAGAUCCACAGUGUCCCAGUCACCCCAGCCACCACUCCUGUGCACAGCCUGAAUGGUGAGUCCAACUCUAGGGAAGGAGGCCUGGAUGCCAGGGAUAUGGAAAUGUCUAAGAAAGUCAGGCGAUCCUACAGUCGGCUGGAGACCCUGGGCUCUGCCUCCACCUCCACCCCGGGCCGCCGCUCCUGCUUUGGCUUUGAGGGGCUGCUAGGAGCAGAAGAUUUGUCGGGAGUCUCGCCUGUGAUAUGUUCAAAGUCAACCAAGGACCCCAUAGUCCCUGUGAAGCCUUGGGCCCCAGACACGACUCUCCCUGGAAUCUCACCUCCAGUCGUGAAACAGAAACGAAAGAAGAAGGUGCCGGAGAUCCUGAAAUCAGAGCUGGAUGAGUGGGCUGCGGCCAUGAAUGCCGAGUUUGAAGCUGCUGAGCAGUUUGAUCUCCUGGUUGAAUGAGAUGCGGUGGGGUCCACCUGGCCUGACUCCUUUCCUUGUAUAUAGCCCCGUCUCUGUGGAGAGCAUGCUCGGGAUCCCCUCCCCCAGCCUUGUUACCUGUGCGUGUGCCGUUGUCGCAUGUGAGGCCUGGCCACCUCUGAGGGCUUGUGCAGCACCAACAGCUAUCUCUAUUUGAGGGAACAGGGCCGCCUGGCCACUCACUGGUGUCCUGUCUCUAGUCAUCCUCUCCUUCCUCCUCCCCAAGGUAGUGCAGCCACCUUCCAGUCGGGCCACAGACUGGGGAGGAGAACCACUGGCCCAGCCAGAAGAGGUUAAAGAGAUGAGGAAUGGAGGUGAGAGGGCACCUCUGCUCUCAGGAAGGGUGGCUGCCCUGAACCAGCCCCGACAGAAACAGGCCCUGGGUCAGAGCCAGCCUCAGGAUCUCCCUCCUAAGUUGCCUUCUGUUGGUGGCUUGGGUCCCAGCCACAAGCCCAUCCAUGUGAAGAGGCUUUGGUUCUAUGGGUUUCCUUGUAGAUUCUGUAGAUGGCCCAGGAGAACAUUCAUGGGCUGGGGGACGGUUCCAUCUUUGAGGAAGAAGCUGCACAUUCAACCUGUAAAAUCUAAGUUUUGAAGGAGGAAGGGAAGCCUUAGUUGGGUCUCAGGCCACAAGCGUUUACUACGUAGAAGAUGUGUGUUAUAGUUCUGCGUUCUGUCGGGAUGUCUGGCAAAUGCCAGGCUGAUGGAGCUCUGGCUGCUUGGGGCAAAGAGGGUACACUUCAGGAUGGGCCACCAGGUGCUGUGGGCUCCUGAGGUUCACGCUUCUGGGGUGGCCACCUGCACAUGGCUCAGGCUGGGGCCCUGCCACUCUGCUGCAGGGGCAGAAGGUGCCCCAUCUUGUCACCCACAUCCAUUUCUUACAAAAUAAGGUGCACAGAGUCUGCUAGGCCCGAGAAGAAAAAAAUAUGGGUUGAAGGGUCCCAGUCCUACUUGCAUUUUACAACUACACUUGUAAAGUUCUAAGAAGCUUUUCUCACAUACUAGAUAGCAGCAGGAAUUGAUAGCAAUUUUAAUUUUUGGCCUUCUUAUUAACCUCUCACUCUGAGAACACUGCUUGAGGUAGGUGCUAGCAGUUGAAGGGUGGGAGAUGCAUCUCAUUAUCUCUGGGGAAUUUUCUCCACCUUUUCCUGUUUUCAAUACUGGUAAAAAGGUAUGGUUUCAAACGCUGCCCUGCCCACCACACUCCCAUCAUACUCCAGGCUGUUGCACCUUUGGAUGUCACGUUCAUGGAGACAGACUCUGAGAGGGGUGCAGAGGCGCUGGGGGAACAACUGAGCGCCAGGUCAGGGCCCUGGGAUGAAACGGUGCAGGCCUGGUGGGCUCUCAUGAAACCCUCUGCAAGGCUAUCUGCUCAAUGCUUCGUGCUUUGUCAGACCCUACAAGCAAGCCACCUUGCCAGGGUACACCCAGAUGUCCUUGAGCUGGACCACACCUGAAGAACUCUUAUCCUCCCUUGCUGGCAGGGCAGAACUCUGGGAAAUGUAUCAGUCCUGCAGAAUCAGAAGUAGCCAGAUGAUGCUGAGUUGAUAUCACCACUGCAAACUGUUCUCUCUCCCUGAGGAACUAAAAAUGUGCAGUUUAAGGAAAAAUUAGGAUUUCGUUUAAAAUUGUUUUAAAAAUCCUGAUUAAAGAGUUUCUGCCUA